AGGCAUUCUUCUGAGAGUGAAACUAAAGUGCUGCCUGGAAGUUCCCAUUACUGCAUUUUAAAAAAAGAAAAUUUUAAAGAUUGUUGUGAUUUUACACAUACAGCAGUACUUGUUCCCUUUCAUUCUGAAGCUGAACUAGAGCUGGAAAUUGGAUGCAACAACACAAAACACAGGAGGAUAGCCUUCCCCAGUGUUAUGUAACAAAGACAAAUUUAAACCAAACUGAAGUACAUUGUCUGCGUUUUAAAAAACACAAAAUAACCCGUCAUCUUUGGUUGCCUUUGAUGCGUCAGUGAGGGCUGUGUCUCUUGUCUAAAGUAAUCAGACCUAUAAACAGAAAACUGAAAGACUGAAUACUAAAACAGUUUUGCUAAAUCUGUAAGUAAAAAGAAGAACCUUACGAUGGACAACAUUAGAGUCACUCCUGAGUCAUCAGAACAUAAAGGAGCAUCCAGCGAACAGGAUGUUGAAUGUCAGAUGCAGAAAUGUAAAACUGUUCUAAUGGAUCUUAAAAAUGUUCUUUCUGCAGUAGAAGGUGUUGACAAAGAUGACAUAAGAGAGUGGCUUGAUCAAAAUACUGAGCUGUUAGAGCAGACAGACUCAAACUCAGACUCUCGGAAGACAUACAUUGCAGUUAUUGGAGCCACUGGGGUAGGUAAAAGCUCCUUACUGAAUGCUUUGCUAGAUGAGGAGGACUUGCUGCCCUCAUGUUCUAUGAGGGUCUGCACUGCAUCAGUCGUGGAAGUGUCCUACAAUACAGAGAAUCAGAAAUAUGAAGCUGAUGUGGAAUUUCUCACAGAGCAGGAAUGGUAUACAGAACUUGAAGCACUUAUAAAUGAUUUGAAGGAUACGUCUGGGAAUUUAGAAGAACACCGUCCUGACUCUGACACUGAAGCUGCAGUAGCUUUUAGUCGUGUGGUGGCAGUGUAUGGUAAGAUUGCUGAAGUGGAAGAACUAAAACAGCUCCAGGAUGUUACAAGGUAUCUGGGCAAGACUGUACACAUCACUGAGGAAGAGGUUACAGAAUUUUGUAAUGAGAUUGAACGUUUCAUAGAGUCUUCUGUGGAUAGUUCCCAAAGUGGAAGAGGUGGACAAUACUGGCCAAUUGUGAAAUGUGUUCGGCUAUGUAUUCCCAGAGCUGAUGUUCUGCGGAGUGGAGCUGUACUUGUUGAUCUGCCUGGAGUAACAGAUUCCAAUCCUGCUAGAGACAGUCUGGCCAAAGAGUAUUUAAAGACUUGUGAUGCUAUCUGGAUUGUGUCCAGCAUCACCAGAGCUGCUGAUGAUAAGACUGCUGAAGACAUAUUGAAUAAAAGCCUACGUACUCGACUUUAUAUGGAUGGUCAAUAUGGAAGGAUUGCUUUUAUCUGCACAAAGACAGAUAUGUACAGUGUUAAAGAAAUCUGCAGGAAAUUGCCCCUACGAGAGAAGAUCCAUCCCCUGGAAAGCAAGAAUGCUGUUCUGAGAAAAAAAAUUAAUCAGAAUUUGAAUAAGUCGAAGCAGUCUCACAGCCAGGAUAAGAUAAAUGAACUUCAAAGUAAAAUAAGAUUCAAUCAGCAGGCUAUUGCUCUCAAAUGUAUAAAGGCUCGCAAUACAUAUUCAAAACAGCAGAUUCGUCAGAAUUUUAGACGUGGAUUACAAGAAAUACAAAGAGUUCCAAAUAAAGGUAUUGACAGUCAUGGUGAUGAUGAUGACGGUAACGAUGACAAUGAAGAUGAUGACAAUGACAACGAUGAUGAUGAUGAUGAUGAAAUAUCUUUUACAUCAGAAGAUAUCUUUUUAGGUGCCAGUUCUGAAAAAAAUAGAAAGCUGCAUGUUUUUUCAGUCAGUGCUAUGGACUAUUUAAAGCUACUGGGAAAACUGGAGACAGAAGGGCAACCUCAGAUUUUCAACUGUCUAAAGGAUACAGAAAUUCCUGCUCUGAAGGACUUUACUAUUAAGACUGCAAUGAAGAAAAGAAAACUCGCUGAAAAGAAAGUGAUCCGAAGUGUGGCAUCAUUCAUUAGUCAUGUGGUUACAUAUUUGAUGAAUCAUUCAUCACAGGAUGAAGCCUUUCAGGAGCAGAUCAGAGAACCUGUGGAAUUUUGUCUGUCAAAUGUGAGAGAAAUGAUGCAGGAAGCAGUGACUGAAUGCAGUAGCAAUGUUGAGGAGAGCAUCUCGUUUUUAAUUCAAAUCAUUCAUUCUGGAGUAGAGGACGCAAUUGCAGCCUGUGAGAAAACUGCCAGGAGCUGGGGAUCGCAGGGUAUAACUCCAGGUAAAUAUCCUUUUCACACCAUUAAAGCUGUCUGCGUUCGUCAAGGUUUGUACUCAUCUGGAAUAUUUGGAACUAUUGACUUCAAUGAAGAAUUAACACAGCCUAUACUCAAUUCUAUGGUCACCGACUGGGAUAAUUUCUUCAGUAAUGAUCUUCCUAGGUACCAGAACAGGUUCAAGACCGAAGUCUUACAGAAACUGAAUAUUUUCUUCAUAGAUGUCAUGAACAGACUAUACAGGAUGAAAAAAAGCACAGAAGCAGUAGAGAAAAUUCAGAGGCAACAGAUGAAAGCAGCAGAAUUGGAGGUAGGUUAUACUUCUUAUGACACUAAGACGUUACACAGGAAGAAAAAUUGA